AUGUUCGGACUGAAAGAGACUCUCUUCUUCUCCCUUCUCCUUGUGUGCAUCGCUGAAGGAGCCAAACGAAACGCACAGUGCGACCAGGUCUGCCAGCGGAAAAUGACAAUCGAGUGCUGCGAAUGCAUCGGAUGUCACCAGGGAAUGCGCUUCGGAAAGCGAUCCCAGCCAUUCAACUCUCCGGAAUUUGAGGAAGCCGCUCUCAGUAAGUCACCUUUAACUUCCUCUUGCCUCAUUCUUGCUGACAAACACACUUUUUCGUUUUCCAGCUGCCCACAACGAAGAUAUGUCAGGAAUUGAAGAAGCAAUUGCCGAGAUCGAGAUGGAGCUUGCCAAUCGAUCGCCACGUCGGUUCGGACAAAAGUACAAUCACUGA